AUGGCUCCCCUGAGUAGAGCCGCCGGGUCCGCCGGCCCUAUUUCUGGCUUCACGUCAUUCAGUAACCAACAGCCACCAAACAAUACCGAAAUUAUCGAGAUCGAUGACGAUGACGAUGAGCCCAUGGAUGAGGAGGAAGUAGUAGAGGAGGACGAAGACGAUGACGAAGAAAUGGAUGGAGAUGAGAACGGAGAGUUCGAGGAAGAUGCCCCCGAUAUGAAUGGCAGCGAAUCACCUCUUGACCUUCCCGGAGCUCCAAAUGGGCAAAGUAGGCCUCUUGUACACGAGCUUCGAUACAUCACUGACCGUGCUGCAGAUGGGUUCGAUGCUGCCUCCGAGUUCUUCACCUCAGCAGGCGCACAGCAGGCCUUGCACCCCCUCCGUCGAACUGCCGACCGUGUUACGCGCCAAAUAGAAGCAUUCGCGGAAAAGCUGGACCGUUUCAGACAAAAGGACAACCGCGCUGACGAAUUGGGGAGUUACCAGGCUGUCUACAACUUGGUGAAGGGAUACCAGACCAUUGCGCAAGAUGCAAUCCAUGACAUUUCUAAGCAGGAGACGCUGAAGAAAGCGAAAGGAGGUUGGGGCUUCAACCAAACCAACGGUACCUCUCAGGCCGAUGCGAAAACCGAAGAAGAACUGCAACGGUUACAGUUGGAAGCAAGCACUUGGCAGCUUCUGCUUAACCUUAUCAGUGUCGACGACCCUCCUAGCAGGGCAAGCUUCCAGAAAUCACAAGAGACUGUAUUUCAAAAACUGCAUCGAUAUUCGUCGGAUCGUGAAGUAUGGGAUCAGUUCAUGAAGGCGGAUCAAUACGCGGUGGAAUGUGUUCUUACGCUGAAGUGGUUGGAAUAUACUGCGCGAAACUCUGUCCUAGAUAUCGACUCUUUAAUAUCAGAACUAGAGGCGCAGGCUGAGAGAGGACAAGGUUCAUGGACUCAUGGAUGGCUAUACACCAAGGAAACUAUCAAGGGACAAAAGCGACUGCGUGCCUGGCCUCAACCUCUCGAGCCUAAUGACCCAGGAAUUACAGCUUCAUUGCUAACCUCUGAACAAUCCGAACCGCUGGUUACGCAAUUGGAUCCCGACGCCGUUACCCGUCAAAAACAGAACCUCCAACGAAAGGAUCAGUACUACGAGCGUGCUACGUGGAUGACUUGCUGGAAAAUGCUUAGGCAAGGGGAGAACUGGAGUAAAAUCAGGGAAUGGGCCUCAGAUCGACUAGAGAGCUGGCGCGCAAUUAGUAUCUGCGGUUCCAACGUUGAUCCAAAUUCAGGCGGAGACACGCCUAUUGACGAUUCAACAACACGGAUGAUGAACUGGCGCUCUCAAGAUUCCUGGAGGGCCGCUUGCUCAAGUCUGGCGCGAGACUCCAAGACCGAAGAUUUCGAGCGUGCUGUUUACGGGCUGUUGUGCGGCGAGUCCGAAGCGGCCUUCAAGGUGUGCCAGAGCUGGGACGACUAUCUGUACGUCUACUUCAACAAUGUCGUCCUAUCCCGUUACAGGGGGUUCUGCAAGCAAUUCCAACGAAAGCUCAGCCAUUCUCCUACGAGCCCAAUGGUUUUUACGCCUGAACCUGCGGGCUACGCAGAAUUCAAUAAGUUUGUGCAAUACACCAGGGGCCAUGAGCGUAUCGGAGGCGAGGCUCGAAACCCCUACCGUACAAUUCAAGCUGCGAUCCUGGGUAAAGGAUAUGAUUUUUUCUUCGCAUCCUUGGCCGCGGCAGUUUCGCAAGCAGCUAUCAAUAGGAAUCAGCCUUCAUUUAUACCCGAUCUGUCACCGAACUACGUUGAUGAUUCUCUCCUCAUUGCGGCUGAGGAUAGUGAUGCUUUGAGGAUUGCUACUCAUCUCUUUAUUAUCGCCAACUCCAUCGGCUAUGUGCGAAGUGAUACUCAAUUCUAUGACAUCGCGACUGUGAAUAUAAUAGGGUAUAUUGCCAACCUGGAGGAAGCUCGCCUCCCUGAGCUGAUUCCGCUCUAUGCCUGCCGUCUUCCCGAACACGUGUUGUAUUCUGUGCUUGGCGAUGUUCUGAUCGAGAUAGUUGACCCUAGAGAAAGGAGAUAUCAAGUUCAGAUGAUGCACAAGUACGAUAUUGACAUCGAAGCGGUUAUUCGUGAACAGUGGGCGACGGUUACAUCCGGGGAAUCUGCUAUUGAUCAUUCAAGGACUCUCAAGCAGUUCCCGAAGGUCGUGACCCGCAAGGAUGGGAACCGCGAGCUGGUUCCUGUCAAACAUGAUUUUAUCGGAACAGACCUUUCAAGGAAAGACGAGAAGAUCAUACGUAGUCUGGAAUGGCUUCGUUAUGUCGACGGGCAAUGGGGUCGAAUCUGCUUCCUUGGGGCAACGCUUUACCGGAAGUUCUACAUUACUGGUAGACUCCCUGCAGCUAGGGAACUCAGUAGGCGAAUGCGACUAUCGGACAUUUCCCGGGAAUCUUUCGGGUUCGAUAUCACUGAUUUCGCUAUGGACUAUGAGGAUGAGUUAGAUAUCGGCACCCCAGAACCUUCCAGCCCUUCCAAAGCACGAGCAUACGGGCACAAGCGGAAUAAAUCUAGCAGUAACAGCUUGCCGUCGACUGCUCAAACCAGACUUCUUUGCGCACAGUCGCGGACUAUGCGUGACCUAGAACAACUCAUCCUUGCCUUCGACGCAUUGGAGAGGUUCGCUGGCGUAUGUGAGAAAAUUGAUAACAGCAAACGCCGACGCGACUCGGGAACCAUCAAGAAUCUCCUUGCGGAACUGCAGGAUGCGCUAGACGGAGUCAGCAUGCAUAUUGAUGCAGUCCUCUACGACUGGCUAAUCAGCGGCCAGAACGACGAAGAACAAGCCGAACUAGAAGAAAUCCGCAACACCUACAUACCCGAACUCUUCCUCGAUUACCACAGCGCCCUAUAUUACUCAGCACAUGUCAUUAGCAGCGAGAUUCUAGUCCAGUGCAUGAACCUCGCCAUGCAAGUCGCUGAAAAUGAACUGCUGACGCGCGCCUUCGUAGCGUCGCGCCGGAUGGCUGAGCUGACGGACGCGUUGGCGCUCUCGAGUAAGGCGAUGAUUAAUGCGCGGGCGAAGCCCGACACGAAGCUUUUGGGCGGCGAGUCGCUCGCCAUUUGGAAUGUGGAGGCGCCCAUGGAUGAAGAGGAUAUGAUGAUGCUUCGUGAGGCGCGGUAA